GCUGCUAUUAGUUAUUACUGACUCCAUAGCCAUCCCCACAUGUGCCGAGAACAUGGCGCUAAACGAUUUUUUUGCCGGAGAAAUAGCAACAGAACUCAUCAAAACGCUGAUAACAAUCACCCGCAAAUCUUGUCUCUGCAAAUCCAGUGCGGAGAACCUCAUUUCGACUAUCGAUGAACUCCUGCCCAUUAUCCAAGAGAUCAAGUACUCCGGAGUCGAACUUCCUGCAAUUCGACAGUCGCAGCUCGACCGCCUCUCCGAGACGCUGCGGGAUGGCCUCGAUUUGUGUAAUAAGGUCCUCUCCUCUGCUCGCUGGAACGUUUAUAAGAAUCUCCAGCUUGCCAGAAAGAUGGAGAAAUUGGAGAAGAAGGUUGCGAGAUUUCUCAAAGGUCCCAUGCAGGCGCACGUGCUUGCUGAUGUUCAUCACAUAAGGUUCGAGACGACCGAGAGAUUCGAUCGGCUGGAGGGAUCGGCGAGGCGGCUGGAGCAGAGACUGGGGUCAAUGAAGAUUGGAGGUGGAGGAUGGAUGGGGGAAGCGGUCAAAAGAGUGGGGGUGGCGGAGGAGAGAAAUUUGGGGAAUCUGUACGGGGCGGGAUUGGAUUUAGGGAAGAAGAAGGUGAAGGAAAUGGUGAUUGGAACAGAGGAUUGCUGUGUUUUUGGUAUCUGCGGGAUUGGUGGUUCUGGGAAAACUACCUUGGCGAGUGAGGUCUGUAGGGAUCUUGAAGUUCAAAGUUACUUCAAGGACAGAAUUUUGUUUCUGACAGUUGCACAGUCUCCAAAUGUAGAGCUGUUGAGGGCAAAGAUUUUCGGAUUUAUAUGUGGCAAUGAAGCCAUGGAUUCUGGUAGCUUUUUAGUUCCACAAUGGAAUAGCCAAGUUGAAUGGAGAAAUGGACCGAGAACUUUGGUGGUCCUAGAUGAUGUGUGGUCGCAAGGGGUGCUUGAGCAGUUGAUUUUUAGGAUACCUGGAUGCAAAACAAUUGUGGUUUCAAGAUUUAAAUUCUCUAACGUUCUUGACGCAACUUAUGAGGUAGAGUUGUUGAGGGAAGAUGAAGCAAAGGCCCUCUUCUGCUGUACUGCUUUUGGGGAAGAAACGAUUCCUCCUGCUGCAAAUGAAGCUUUGGUCAAGCAGAUUGUUGAUGAGUGUAAGGGCCUUCCCUUGGCUCUUAAAGUGAUUGGAGCUUCAUUAAGAGACCAACCUGAAAUGUAUUGGGUCAGUGCAAAGAAAAGGUUAUCUCGAGGAGAACGAAUCUGUGAGUCCCAUGAAAACAAGUUGCUUGAACGGAUGGCAAUUAGUGUGGAAUACUUGCCCAGAAAGGUUAAAGAAUGUUUCCUGGAUUUGGGAUCUUUUCCAGAGGACAAGAAGAUUCCCCUUGAUAUUCUUAUAAACAUGUGGGUAGAGAUACAUGACCUUGACGAGGAAGAAGCUUUUGCAGUUCUUGUUGAGCUCUCUGACAAGAACCUUCUCACUUUGGUGAAAGAGGCCCGAGCGGGAGACAUCUAUAGCAGUUACUAUGAUAUCUCUGUUACUCAACAUGAUGUGUUAAGAGAUCUUGCUCUUCAUUUGAGCAAUAGAGGGAAUAUAAAUGAGCAAAAGCGACUUAUAAUGCCUAGAGGAGAUUCUGGAGUUCCAAGAGAGUGGGAGAGGAAUUCAGAUAAGCCAUUCAAUGCUCUGAUUGUCUCAAUGCAUGCAGGGGAUAUGAAAGAAAUGGACUGGCCCCGCAUGGAAUUUCCCAAGGCUGAAGUGCUCAUCUUGAAUUUUUCCUCUAAUGAAUACUUUUUGCCUCCCUUCAUGAGUGAAAUGCCCAAGCUUAGGGCACUCAUUCUGAUAAACUAUGGCACUUCCAAUGCCACCCUUCUGAACUUCCCAGUCUUAACCAAUUUGGCAAACUUGAGGAGUCUAUGGCUUGAAAAAGUUUGUGUCCCUCAGUUAUCCAUCACUACUCCCUUGAGCAACUUGCGGAAAAUAUCUCUAGUUCUCUGCAAGAUUGGUAACAGCCUUGAGCCAUCUGUGGUAGACCUGCCCUCAAUCUUCCCUUGUCUCUCAGAGCUUGCAAUUGAUCAUUGUGAUGAUUUAGUAGAACUGCCUACAAGCAUUUGCAGGAUGAACAAACUCAAGAGUCUAAGCAUCACCAACUGCCACAAUCUGCAUAAAUUGCCUGCAGAUUUAGGUAAAUUGAAGUGUCUACAAAUACUCAGGCUAUAUGCAUGUCCAACUCUGAAAACACUUCCUCCCACCAUUUGUGAGCUAGCCUGGUUGAAAUACCUCGACAUUUCACAAUGUGUUAACUUGAUUUCUCUACCAGAUGAAAUCAGUAGAUUAGUGAGUCUGGAGAAGAUUGACAUGAGGGAGUGCUUGCAGAUUUGGGAUCUUCCACAAUCAGUUUCAUCAUUGCGUUCACUACGGCACGUGAUUUGUGAUGAAGAUGAAAUUUUCUGGUUAUGGAAGGACAUUGAGAAGACACUACCAGAACUUCAUGUUCUGGUUGCAGAUAAAUGCUACAACUUGGACUGGCUUAAUGAACAUUGACAAUGUAUCCAUGUCUAUAUAAAUUUUGGUACUGUAAAUAUCUUAGUAUAAAUUCUGUACAUAAAUUUCAGAUUGGUAAUGGUAUUAAAUGAGGCAUCCUGCU